GGCUGCGCGGAGCCGCUCCCUGCGCGGCGGCUCGCCGGGGCCGGCGGCGCGAUGCGUCGCUACCUGCGCGUCGUGGCGCUGGGCCUGGUCUGCGGCUUCUGCUCGCUGCUCUACGCCUUCAGCCAGCUCGCCGCGGGCCCCGAGCGCCGCGCCGACGGGGAGCCGCGCGCCGCGGCGGCCUCCUGGCUGGCGGGCGGCGGGCGCGGCGCCGGGAGCGGGGCGGGCAGCGCGGGCCCCGCGGCGCGUCCCGCUCAGGCAGACAGGUGUGCCGGCUCCCCGCUCUGUUACUGGAAUCCCUAUUGGAUGCUGCCCUCUGAUGUUUGUGGAGUGAACUGCUUUUGGGAAGCGGCUCCUAGGUACGUUGUCCUGAAGCCUGAGCCUGCAGAGAGAAUGCAUGUGGCUGUGGUGGCCUGCGGCGAGAGACUGGAGGAGACCCUGACCAUGUUGAAGUCGGCCAUCAUCUUCAGCAUUAAGCCCCUGCAGUUCCACAUCUUUGCCGAGGAACAGCUGCACGACAGCUUCAAAGGCAGGCUGGACAGCUGGGCGCGUCUGCAGAACUUUAACUACACGCUGUACCCCAUCACCUUCCCACCGGAGAACGCGGCUGAGUGGAAGAAGCUCUUCAAGCCCUGUGCCUCACAGAGACUGUUCCUGCCUUUAAUCUUGAAAGAAGUUGACUCCCUGUUGUAUGUCGACACCGAUAUCCUAUUUUUACGGCCUGUGGACGAUAUCUGGUUUUUACUAAAAAAAUUUAAUUCCACACAAAUUGCUGCAAUGGCCCCAGAACAUGAGGAGCCUCGAAUCGGAUGGUAUAACCGCUUUGCCAGACACCCGUACUACGGAGAGACUGGGCUCAACUCUGGGGUGAUGCUUAUGAACAUGACCCGAAUGCGUCGCAAGUACUUCAAGAACGACGUGACGCCCGCCAGACUUCGCUGGGGAGACGUUCUGGUGCCGCUGCUUAAGAAAUACAAGCUGAACAUCACGUGGGGCGAUCAGGACCUGUUGAACAUCAUGUUUUUUCACAAUCCAGAAAGCCUGUUUGUUUUCCCGUGCCAAUGGAAUUACCGCCCGGAUCACUGCAUUUAUGGAAGCAACUGCCGGGGGGCCGAGGAGGAAGGCGUCUCCGUCCUUCACGGGAACCGGGGCGUGUACCACGAUGACAAGCAGCCCGCGUUCAGAGCCGUGUAUGAAGCCCUGAGAAAUUGUUCUUUUGAGGACGCCAGUGUGCGCGCGCUGCUGCAGCCCCUGGAGCUGGCGCUGCGCAAGACGGUGCACACGUACUGCGGCCGGAGCUACGGCCUCUUCAUCAAGCAGCUGGCCCGCAGUGUCCGUGACCGCUCCACCAGGCUGCCAAGGGCCACAUGACUGCUGCUGGGCCCUGCACUGAGAUGACUGCCGUGGUGGGGGCCGGCCCCCUCCGUGGACUCAGAAGAACAAACGUGAACUGUGGCGUAGAUGGCGCCCCAGGCCCUGGAGGGUCAGCUGGGAUCUGGGGCGCCGGCAGCAGGAAGCUGUCUCCCGUUUUAAAUGCGUUGUGAGGUCACUUGGCGGCGCCCACUUCUUGGCGCUCCCUCCCUCGGAGCCCUGCAGGCCUACUGCUGCCUGGUGGUUCUCCAGGGGCCCCCUGAAGGCCUCAGCCGCCACAGGGCCAUUGUUUACAGGAGCCCGGAGGCUCUGCUUUAAGGGAAUGUGACGUCCGUAGUGUCCCCAUGACAAUCUCCA